AAACGCCCAAAUAUAAUGGGAAUUCUAAUAAGUUUAUUAGCAAAUAUCUUCAUCAAGAAAAAGAAGCCGUUACCAAUUGAAACCAUUUUCAAAUUAGCCUCUGAGCCUGAGCCACCCAAUUUUCCUCAAGGAAAUGGCUUCGCAACCGGGACAAUCGAUUUAGGAGGAUUACAAGUGUGUCAAGUAACUUCAUUCAACAAAAUCUGGGCCACCCACGAGGGUGGACCAGAUAAUCUUGGUUCAACAUUCUAUGAACCAUCUGCAAUACCUGACAACUACCAUGUGCUUGGUCACUAUAGCCAGUGCAACAACAAGCCACUAUUUGGGUGGGUUCUAGUCGCCAAAUCCAGUGCAAAUGACCCAUCAUCACUAGCCAUGCCCAUCGAUUACUCUCUCAUUUGGAGUAGUGAGUCCCAAAAGAUAAAACGAGACAAAACCGGAUGCAUUUGGCUCCCUGUUCCUCCCAAUGGCUACAAACCCGUUGGAUAUGUCGUCACAAACUCACCGGAAAAGCCCUCAUUGGAAAAAAUCCGAUGUGUUCGAUCGGAUUUUACAGAAAUUGUUGAAUUUGAUAGAUGGAUUUGGGGGUUAACGAAUGAGAUUGAUCCCAAUGGUUUGAAUGUAUAUGGGUCAAGACCAAAAGAUAGAGGGGCCCAAGCCACGGGUGUUUCAAUAGGUUCAUUUCUAGUCCAAAAUGGUUUGGCUGAUUUGUCAUUACCCUAUUGUUUAAAAAAUAACACAAAUACCCUUUUGGCUAUGCCUACUUUUGCCCAAAUUGAGGCUUUGAUUCAAGCUUAUUCACCAAUAAUUUAUUUUCACCCCGAUGAAAAAUAUCUUCCUUCUACGGUUAAUUGGUACUUUGAAAAUGGAGCAUUGUUGUACCAAAAAGGGCUAGAAAAUAAUCCUAGCCCGAUUGAACCAGAUGGUUCGAAUCUUCCUCAAGGUGGUUCGGAUGAUGAUUCAUAUUGGCUAGACCUUCCCAUCGAUGAUUCGGCUAAAGAUAGAGUCAAGAAAGGUGGUCUAGACAAUGCUAACGCAUAUUUCCACAUAAAGCCCAUGUUUGGUGCAACAUUUACUGACAUAGCCAUAUGGGUAUUUUACCCGUUCAACGGUCCCGCAAGGGUGAAAUUGGAAUUUGUCACCAUUUCACUAGGUAAAAUAGGGCAACACGUUGGUGAUUGGGAGCAUUUGACAUUAAGGGUCAGUAAUUUCGACGGCAGUUUAAAAUAUGUCUAUUUUUCAGAACACAGUGGAGGUACACUGCUCGAUGCUUCACAAAUCGAAUUUGGAAAUGGAAAUAAACCGGUUGCAUAUGCGUCUUUAAACGGGCAUGCGUUUUACUCCAAACCGGGGCUUGUUUUACAAGGGAAGGGUGGAAAUGGAAUACGAAAUGAUACGGCUAAAGGGAAGGCGGUGAUGGACACCGGAGUUAGGGCGGCGGUGGUGGCGGCGGAGUAUUUGACCAUGGUUGAGGAACCACCAUGGUUAAAUUAUAGUAGAAAAUGGGGUCCAAAGGUAAGUUAUGAUAUAGUAAAGGAGAUAGAGAAAGUGAAGAAGGUUUUGCCAGGGAAACUAAAGGAAGUAUUUGAGAAAGCUGUAAGUGGCGUUCCAAAUGAAGUUUUAGGGGAAGAAGGUCCUUCUGGUCCUAAAAUGAAAAAUAAUUGGAAUGGAGAUGAAAAAUAUUGA